CCCGAUAUCUCAUCGUCUAAAUCCUGGUGGCAGGGCCAAUUGUAGAAUCUUUACCAUUCAUGCACUGCAUUUUUUUUGAAUCAUACAUUCGAUCGAUCUACCAACCUCUUUUUUUAUUAUUCUUAGACUCAGGCUCAGAAUAAUUCUUGUACCCGAAGGGCAAAAAAAGGGAACAGAAGACUUAGAGACACAUGACAACGAAUCUACUCUAUCUUUCUUCUCCUUCUAGACUUUCUGAACGGGCAAAGGGCUGUUGUCCCGAAAGGAAAUCAUUGAAUUUCUAAGUUGCAAUACCAUACCAUCAUACCAUCAUACCAUACCAAUCCAUUCCUCACUCACAUUCAUCCAUCUCAAGCAAAUCUAACCUCUUACCUCAUCUCUCUCCCAUCAUCAAACACCUGCACCUGCACGAUACCCUCAAACGUGCCUAUUCAAGGAAAUUGAUCUGACAAGCAAAGAAAAGAUUACGAAUAUCUAGUAACGACGAGACGAGUGUUUUAUAUACGUUGACAACGAGUGAACGAUUUACGAUCACAUUCCAACGAGACGUUCGUGGGAUUUUCGAGAUCAACCUUGCAUCCGCAUUCCAUCUCGAGCAUCCCAUAUACGCCGCCGAUAUCCCAUCACAUUCCAGCGCUGCUGCGGCGUGAGACCAUUCAAUCACACCGUCGCUCCACGGGAGGACGGGUGUGGAUAGAGGAUAUUUACCUCGGGAUUUUGGGAAAAUAAUAAUCAGAAAAUAUGCCUGGAGAAUUCCAAGUCGGCUGGUAUCGGUUCAUACCGUUCCUAGGAUACCACCAUGUUUUGAUGAUUUUAAUAGCAGUCUCCAUAAUAUUAUUAUCACUCCUACUAGCAGGCUGCUCAUCCUCCUCGCCCCUCAUCCCCGACAUCUUCCUCCUCUCGAUCUACUACGAGAAAUACACCGCCGUCCCCGACACCUCGCAAGUCGACUACAACGUGAACCAAGCCAUCAGCAACAUCGUCGGGUCCGCGCAUCUGCAAGCGCGCGUCGGCUACUUCGGCAUCUGCAUCAACCCAGACGGCGGGUCCUGGCUAUGCAGCAACAACGCGACGGCACUCGCCAACGAGGUCUCCGUCGACCAGGACCCGCUGAACCUGAUCUGGCUGGCGAGCCAGUUCAAGGACAUGAUCGUGUUCCCCUACCUCAUCAUCAUCGCCAUCAUCUUCGCCUUCGUCUGCUUCCUGCUGCUCGCCACCUUCCCCGGCUGGCACGAGGAGGAGGACAGCGAGGGCUCCGACCGCGAGAUCAAGCCGUUUCCCAGUCGUCCCGUCUCGCAGAUCGCGCUGGCGAUUAUCUUCAUCGCGUCGAUUUUCGUGCUUGUUUCCGUGUUAUGGCAGCACACGGCGUCUGUGGCCGCGUCCGUCAUAGCGCAGGAUUUCGGCAACGGGAGUGUGUUGUCUGGCAUCGGUACUAGUGCCAUGGUGAUGGGUUGGUUCAGCUUCACGUUGCUGAUCAUCGUCACCAUAGGCUUGCUCGUCAUGAUAUUGAGUAUUCGCGUGCUCUCGCAACUAGCGGAUUAAGACCGCGGGGGGAGCCCUGGGUAGGGAAAGGGAAUAGGAUACCGGGGUUUACGUCAUUCAUGCAUUUGGAAAACGCGAAAAAAGUAAAACAAAUAACAAAGUAUCGGGACGAUGAUGAAUUCAGAGGCGGAGGGGAAAAUCACUUGUGUAUAUGGGAAUGGCCGCUUUUUAAAGAACGCGACGAACUUUUUUCUGUUGAUCGAUCAGCAUCUGGGAAUUGGAGUUAGCAAGACGGGCGGCCCUGGGUGAAAUAAUGAUUUUUUAGUGCCUUUUUUGUUGUUAAAACCUACUAUUAUUCCUCUUCUCCUCUAUUCGGCUUUGUUUACCUAUCUACCUUGUCUUGGUUUAGUUUGGUUGGUUCGUUGACGCUACUCUACGAUUCUUCUCUUCUUCCGAUUCGUGUUUUACGCUGGAAAAAGAGAUACGAUGGGUUGAUGAGAGCGGAAAUAUCGAUCAACGAAGACAUAUGAGGGUCGGGUCGUUAAUGAUGGAAUGAUGACAGGUUGAUGGCCUCGAGUUUUCGGAAGUAAUCGAGCAUGGAGGCGGAUGAUUGAUUUGCGAAAGGGGGAGUACUCGGAUGAACCAUGCCGAUUGGAUCAUUUCUGGGUUGGACUGUGUAUAAGAUUUUGUAUUAGAAGAGAAAUGAAGCAAUGAAGAGAAUGGAAUCUUGGUUUUUGAAA